AUGCUGCAGCCGCGAUUAUACAGGCCUGCAGUGCCUUCAGACUCGGUGGUCACUUCUUUGCUCUCUUCUCUGAAUUCACUGAGCCUUUGCUCGAAGCAAACGCGCCUUCAACCCACGCUUCCUGCAACCUUUGUCCGGCAUGCUUCUCAUGCAACACAAGGUCGAGCAAAUGGUCCUACCGACUCUGCCGGAAGACGUUUAGGCGCUAAAAAGUCGGCCUCUGAGUAUGUGGUGCCGGGAAACAUUAUUUUUAAGCAAAGAGGCACAAAAUGGCACCCCGGCGAGAACGUCGGUAUUGGCAAGGACCAUACGAUUUAUGCAACUGAACAUGGCUACGUUCGAUAUUACAGAGAUCCUCUUAAGCAUCCGAAGCGGCGAUAUAUAGGAGUGGCCUUGGAAAAAGAAGGGCCUGGUUCACAGCUCCCAUACCCUCCGAACGCUCCGUCUCGCAGACGCCUAGGGAUGUAUGCUACAACGGUCAGAGAGACACCAUCCGACAAAAACUUCCUAGAAUCCCAUUCCAGCACCUACGGCUACACUCCUUUCAAAACCGGAUCAACUCCUACAACCCCUCUGCCUACUAUCCAGCGGGAGGGUACAUACCGUGAAGCAAACGUGUCCAUUGGUCGCGCUGCAGAAAGGAAAGGGGUUAAUAUCCGCCCCUAUGAUCGGCAGGACCGGUGGCUGGCUUGGAGAAAACGCUCUGCCCGAGUCAAGCAAGGCUUGGAAGCCAAAGCUGCCAGGGCCACUAGGAAGUCCAAAGGGAAGAAGUCGAACAAAGGUGUCAAAAUAGGUGGCAACAAGAGAUAA